UAGUCGCAAUUCGCAGUGUUUCUUAAACGUAAAUCUAACGUCGACCAAUACUCUCUUACAAGUCAAACAAUAAUAUAGUUAGGUAUUGUAGUAAAUAUUAUUACUAAUCGUUUAGUGCGAAAUGGCGAGUAUCAAAAGUUUACAAUGUACAUUUUUGCAGUUUUUUUUAUGCAUUACGCAUUUGGGAUGUUGUGCACCGCAAGAUAAUGGUAAAGCGGCUGAUGCCACUACUACUAGUAUUUCGUCAGUCAACAAAUCCACAGGAAUAGAAACAUAUUCUGCAGCUGAAAUGUGUGAAAAGUAUUCGGAAUUGAUUUACGUUACUAUGGAGAAUCCAGCAUUACUGGUAGAUUUAGAAGACAAAUACAUCAAAAUCAAAGAUUGUUUCGAUGUCUUACCCUUAAUUGUUAACGGAACGUUGGCUAGUCCAAAAGAAUUUCCACACAUGGCUUUAAUAGGUUAUGGGCAAAGCCCCAAAGAAAAUUUUUGGGGUUGCGGCGGAUCAUUGAUCAGCAUUAGAUGGAUUCUGUCCGCAGCGCACUGUGAAAAAGCCCCAACAUCAGAGUAUGCGAGAUGGGCACGCUUGGGUGAAUUGAACUUUUUGACGGAUACCGAUGAUGCCAGACCAAAGGAUUAUAAAAUCGUACAACGCGUAAUUCACCCGGACUACAGACGUACGAUGUUGUACAACGAUAUAGCGUUGUUCCGUUUGGAGGAGGACGUAACGUUUUCGCCAUACGUACGGCCUAUUUGUCUUAACGCGGAUCCUUACGUGCAAUCUACUGACCAGCAGAAGGUGAUGGGAACUGGUUGGGGACAGAUCUACCAAGGGGGACCGGGCAGUCCGGAUCUGUUAAAAGUGGUUUUGGAGGUUACUCCGCCGGCUCAGUGCAAAUCCAAUUAUGCGUCGGUAUCGAAAUCUCAAAUGCCAAACGGAAUACUCGACAGCCAGAUGUGCGCAGGUUAUGCGUCAGGCGAAAAAGAUACUUGCACGGGCGAUUCCGGCGGUCCGAUUCAAAUACCACACAGCAAAUACUCGUGUAUGUACAAGCAAGUAGGCAUUACGUCGUUCGGCAGGAGUUGUGCCAGGAAGAAUUCUCCAGCCGUAUACACGAGAGUGUCUCAUUACUUGCCGUGGAUCGAACAAAUCGUUUGGCCCAAGUCUGGUUGAUGUGUACAAUGUGUACAUAUAUAUACCAGUAUUGACGCUCAUGACUAUGCGAGUUUUAUUGUGUACGCGAAUUAAAUAAUAUAUACCUUAUUACAGCUAUUUAUCGUCCUUAAAACCAUAUAAUAUUCUGACUAUUUUUAUGAAUUUAGACACUGUAUACAUAUUCUAGAUUCUGUAAUAUAAGCUACAAAAUAAUAAUUAAUUAUUAUAUUAUUUCAUAAUACCUAAUUCAAAAUACACGUGUUUUCUAUAUUA